UCGUCCUCCUUGUGAAUCUGGUCCUCCCAUCGGCCGUGGUCUGGAAGUUUGGUGAAGGAAGAGAAGCAAAAAGUUUUGGAGCGCGACGAUCUUUUGUUAUUAAAGAGUAAAAUUAAAACGCAACAUCUGCGUUGAAAGUUUGAGACCGAGGAUUUCAUCUUCGGCCAAUAAGUUACGGAUCUAUGGAGGCGCUACAGUAAGCAACCAGUUGAGAUCCGCGGUCAGAUUGUGUGAAAUGCCUGCGGCGGAAGUGUCCUCGGACUGCAGCGCCGAUGUUCUGGUCAGUGUGGCCGAGUCGCUGCAUGUUUAUCCGGGACUGCUGGCAGCGGCCGCAGCGUGUGGAGGACUGUCUGGUCUACUGGCUGCAGCGCUCCUCUAUGUCUUCUGCCUGAAGCCUCUGUUGUUGACCAGACAACAGGUUUACAACGCAAGGAGGCUGCUGGAGCCUGAUGUGGGAAAUGUUGAAAACGACCAAAGCGACUGUGUCAGCAGCACCUCCAGGAAGGAGGGCCCCGGUGGCUCCGCCAACGACAAGGAAAAGAAGCGGCCUCCUAUGAACAGUGAUGUGGCUGCAUUUGCAUCCAGAGCCAAGGUGGUUUACCCAAUCAACCAGAAAUACAGACCUUUAGCAGACGGCGCUUCAAACCCAUCCCUUCAUGAGCACUCGAAGCUGCCACCGAUGCCCAAUGAGGAGUCGUCCUCCUCCUCCUCUGACAGAGGGUCUCUGAGCCACGAGCAGGACAACAAUGACAGCAGUCAGUUUAUCUCCAACAUGGAACUUCCUAAGAGUCUGCAGAACCAGAGUUUCACCAGAGUCUCCCACUACCCCCACGCACUGGCACAAACGGGCUUCGAAGGCAGGAUCAGCCUUUACUGUUUGGCCUUGCAGGAAAUACAACAGCACAGCUCUCAGCUUGGGGAAGAAAAGUAUCUGAUUUUUCUGCAGAUGCUCAAAAUUAUAUUUGGCUCUCGGUUUCCAAGAGAUAAAAACGACGCAGAGUUCGCCCAGAAUAUACUCCUGACGCAAGAAAAGAAACUGAAUGAGUUGAGGAAGCCGACGGCAACCACCAAAGAGGCGGUCCGUGACGCUCCCUGCUCGCUGGAAGAGAUUGAGAGAGCUCAGAAAGAUCUUCUAGAACGCUGCCUUCAAACGUCCAAGUGUUUCAGCUCACAAUUGGAGGAUUUGUCCCAGCUUCUGCUGAGGAGGAGAAACGGCUUCGCUGCCGAAGAAGCGCGUGAGGACAUCGUCUCUGUCGUUCAGACUCUUUUGUCAGCGGAGGAGCACCUGAUUAUGUUACAGGAAGCUGAUCUGAAGAGAACUUUGGAGAGGUUGCUGUGGUGGGAGGAGCUGUCGGGGCUCGCUCAGUCCCAGCCUGCCUUGCUGCGGCGGGAAACCACCCUGAGACUGGGAUUGAUUGCCACCAGGCUGCAGCAGCUGGCGGGAGCCGAAAAUCCGAAGCUUGACCCCAUGGGAAAGAUAGUUGCUGCGAUUGAGGCCGCUCUGACUGAAGGGCUUCAGCGGAGCACUGAGGAAUUCGCAAAGAAGACAAAGGAGCUGGUGACCGAAAAGUGCCGCAAAAAGGAGUCCAAGAAGAAGAAGCUCCAGAGGAGUCAGAUGAGUGAGAGGAGUCGAGCUCUGGAGCCGGGACAGGCUCGCAGUGACCUGCAGGAGCAAACCUCUGUCUACCUCGAGCUGCUGAUGAGACACAGGAAGGAGAGCUGUGAUCUGGAGCUGCAGCAGGAUAGUAAAAUUGCAGAGGGCCUCUGCGAUCUUUGGAAGAAACUUCGGGUCUGUUGGUCAAGUAAGCUGGCUGAGAUAGCCAGGGACACCUUUCUCGCCUCUGCACCCGCUCAGAUGAACCUCACCGCUGAACACUGUGAGAAUCUCUGGCUGGAUGUGCAGCAGGAGCUGGCUGAUCAGCUGCAGCAGGCAGAGAGCACCACCAGGCAGCAGCUGGAGGACAUUAGGACGGAGCUGGAGAAGGAUCAGCAGGUGUGGAUCGAACGGAUGGCUCUGGGGCAGGCCUGUCUCAAACAUCUGGGGGAACAGCACAUGAAAAUCAUCCGAGCCAUGGUGGCCAGACAGAGCUACACCCUCAGCAGUGACACAGGGAAGCUGAUAGAGAAGAAACACGAGCAUCUCUUGAUGCUGGUGCAGAGGUCCUUUGUGGUCAGGCACUUCAGUCUGCAUAUGCUGAAGGAGAUGAGGCUGUCCAAACUGAAGGUGCUCUCUCAGACUGAUUUCAGAGCUCUGCUGGUGGAAGAUCCCUGUAAAACACAACCCUGUGUUGAUUCAACUCUCAAGAACAGCAGGGCCAGCCUUGCAGAGAGGCACCUGGGUCCAGAAAGCCAGCUACUGGGGAACAACCUCCAGCAGGAGUUCCUGUCUGAGCUGGAAACAGCCACAGAGCUUCUUCAGAGCCAUGCACAGCUGGUGCUAGGCAACGCCCUCAGCCACGCGAUCCAUCGCAGGAUGGAGGCUGUGCCCACACAGUCACAGACUUCCCCUAGACAUGACUUGAGCCUAAAACAAAACCUAAAUGAGGCUGCAGCCGAGAGCGUCUAUUUGACAAAAGAUUCUCUCAGCGCGUUGGUUCAAACCUAUUAUUCCAACCUACGGGACAUUUCCAGCAAUCUGCAGCCUGAUCAGUUGAACUUAAACCAGGAGGUUAAUAAGAGGCAAGAUGGCUGCAGCCAGCUGAACGGAGCUUUGCAGAGAGAACUGGUUAACUGGGGCAAGAGACCCGCCUCUGCUGAGUUUCAACAAAGGGUUGUAUUAAAUAAAAAAAAGCUCCUAGAGCAAAGCGAUCUGGAUCAGGAGAUGACGUUCGAGGAGCUGAGGAAGAAAAAAGUAGCCCUGGACCAAACCAUGGAGAGGAUUAAGACACGGUUAAUGGAGGCAGAAGAAAGCUUCAUAACUGAGCUGGCGGCUAUGGCCCGCGUCUCUGUUCACAGUGCAGACCAGAAGUCCAGCAGCGAAGAGGACAACGCUGGUGACCAGGGUGCCGCGAUACUGGACCUUCUGGCCCUGAACCCAGCCUUAGAUCCAGCCUUGAAUCCAUCUCUGACUCCACUGUUUGCAACCCCUGCUGUGAAAGCCAAAGCAAAGAAGAAAGUAGAGAGCGAGAGAGUCUCGACUGAAAUCUCCACAUGAUAAUCGUAGCGUUUAUGUUUCGUUAUUAUGUGAAACUGGACUGAAUGGCUUUUGUAUGAAUUAGGUUAAUAGAAGUUUAUCCUUUUGUUAUGCACUUUUUUUCUACCAAGAUACAAUAAAAGUUAAAAAAAGAAGGAAGCACA